CCUGGGGUGGGACCCGGUAGCCCAGGUCGGCGAGGCGUGCACCAUGUUCCAGCGGGAAGGCCCCACGCGUGCAGCGACCGGGAGCCGAGACGCCUUGGUUCUGGGGCUCGGCGUCCUCCUUGUGCAACGCAGGGAGAGGAGUCUUGGGACUGAGGUGGCAGGUAGAGGAGCUGGAACUUUAUCCAGGACGGGGGAGUCACGGGAUGUUUUGAACAGAGACCGGACAUCCUCCCAGUUAGCAUUUUGAAAGCGUCUCACCUUUCGCUGAGUGGAGAACAGAUGUGGAGGGGUGUGUCCGUAUGGAGGGUGAAGGCUUCUAUCACGGCCAGGGUGAGCAAAUGACGGCUCCUGGGCUGGAUGGGGAAGUUCGUGGGGGGAAAGUCCAAUUACGUGUAGAACUGCGUUUGCAUCAACUGUGUGUUAUGAGCAAGCGUGAGAGAAGCACAAUCAGAAGCUCUUCAGCCCGAGUGCCUGGAAGACACUCAGAAAUGGGUCUGAUUGCCUUUGAGGACAUAGCUGUGUAUUUCUCCCGGGAAGAGUGGAUGCUUCUGGACACAGCCCAAAGGGUCCUGUACCGCCAUGUGAUGCUGGGGAACUACGCACUUGUGGCCUCGCUGGGACUCUCUGCCUCCCGACCUCAUGUAGUCAUCCAGCUGGAGCGUGGUGAGGAGCCCUGGGUUCCAGGUUGGACAGAGACAACCCUGGGCAGGAAUGCCCACAGAAGGCCCAGCCUUGGUUCCUGCUGCCUGGCAGAGGACAGAGAUGUUUCUGGAGAAACGACCUUACCAGGGACCUUCCUGCACAGCUCCCUUGGGACACCUACUGGUCCAAGCCUGGAGGGAAAAUGGGGUGCCUUCCCGCCUGAGGAGAGAAAACCCACAGGCGUGUCGGUGAUCUACUGGGAGAGGCUCCUGCUAGGCUCAGGCAGUGGGAAAGCCAGCAUCAGCCUGCGACUGACACCCCCGCUGAGGACUUCUGAGGAGAGCCAGUCUAGAGAGAAAGUCCUUGCGGACUGCCUGGCUCCAGGGAAGUUGCCACCGCCAGCAGAACUACAGAAGCCACAUGUGCAGCAAGCACCCCCAAGAGCCUUCCCAAGCAACUCGGACCGCAGAGCCAUUUGCAGUGGGGGAGAACGUGGAAUGAACACAAACUGGCACGAGCCUCAGAGACUCCUGGGUACCCAGGAGGCCCCAACCUGGAAAGAGCUGGGAGAGGCCCUGCAUGCUGGCCCUGGUCUGCUCCCUGGGGAGAAGCCCUUUGAAUGCAGAGCAUGCAGCAAGGUGUUCGUGAAGAGUUCAGACCUUCUCAAGCACCUGCGCACUCACACUGGCGAGCGGCCUUAUGAGUGUGCACAGUGUGGCAAGGCCUUCAGUCAGACUUCGCAUCUGACGCAGCACCAGCGCAUCCACAGCGGCGAGACACCCUAUGCGUGCCCGGCCUGCGGCAAAGCCUUUCGGCACAGCUCCUCACUGGUGCGGCACCAGCGCAUCCACACGGCAGAGAAGUCCUUCCGCUGCGGCGAAUGUGGCAAGGCCUUCAGCCACGGAUCCAACCUCAGCCAACACCGCAAGAUCCAUGCAGGUGGGCGGCCCUAUGCCUGUGCCCAGUGCGGCCGCCGAUUCUGCCGCAACUCGCAUCUGAUCCAGCACGAGCGCACGCACACGGGCGAGAAGCCCUAUGCCUGUGCGCUCUGCGGCGCCGCCUUCAGCCAGGGCUCUUCGCUCUUCAAGCACCAGCGCGUGCACACGGGUGAGAAGCCUUUCGCCUGCGCACAGUGUGGCCGUGCCUUCAGCCAUAGCUCCAACCUCACACAGCAUCAGCUGCUGCACACAGGGGAGCGGCCCUUCCGUUGCGGAGACUGCGGCAAAGCCUUCGCCAAGGGAGCAGUGCUGCUUAGCCACCGGCGCAUCCACACGGGAGAGAAACCCUUCGUGUGCACACAGUGCGGCCGCGCCUUCCGUGAGCGGCCAGCCCUCUUCCACCACCAGAGGAUCCACACUGGUGAGAAGGCCUUGCGGCGACCCAGGGCUAACAUGCGUCCCCAGGCCAGGCCUCCUUUGGAGACCUCAGCAGAAGGUGCACUGGGGAAGGAAGCCAAGGCCUCUCCUUCCUCAGUUUCACCCACAGCUCCAAAGCCAGCUGAGUCCUAAGGUCACACCUCUGACCUUUGCUGGCCUGUGAAUCCCUUUCACAGCUAAAGGCCUGUGUCCACUGCAGAUCACAUGGGGAGAAGGGAACCAGGCAUAGGAAGAUCCUUUGGCUGCACUUACCUUUGUACACAGUGACAAGAUAUGCCAGUUCAGCUUUGGCACACACCUGUGUCCUAAAGAGGUCACACACAGACACAUCAAGAGGAUGGACCUGGUGCCAGGCCAGAAAAGGCAGCCCUGCAUGGUGAUGCCCUUUCACUGUUUCAUGACUGAAUGCUAAGGUGAGGAGGGGAAGUGCAGGUGUGCAGAAAUCUAUCUGCAGGAAACUGGCAGCUGGUGACCAGUUCCCUCUGCCCCCCAAGCCCAAGUUCAUCCAAGCUUCUUGGGGUCUAACCCAGCAAAAAGGAAUCUAUAGGGGAAUGGGGGUUAGGGUGUGUAGGACUUGGGCAAGUGGUUGGGUUCUGAGUCUCAACUGCCUUCUCUGGGGAAAAGAAAGGGGAAAAGAUGUGGGCCCAUAGAGGGUCCUCUUUUGGUGGGAACCUGAUGAGGUCCAAUAUAUAUGCAGUGCCAGCCUUCUAGAUGCAGGGAAAUUCCUCCUGUCAGCCCUAUGAGCCUUGUGCUGGUACGCCCACUUUAAAGAUGCAGAAAUUGAGGCACAGAGAAGGAAAGCAAGUUGCCCAAGAUGGAGCUGAUACCAGAAUCCAGGGGGAUGGCUCAGCUUCACAUACCUCAGUCUAGUCUGCCAGGCCUGAGGGUCUAACCUGGCUUCCCACACAACAGACUCGACAGAAGUGGAAGCCCAAGGGAGGCGAUAUGACUGUCAGCACUGGAAAGACAGAUCAAGGAUGCUGGCUUCCCUGGAGCACUCAUUCACGUUCUCAUCUACACUCUGUCAUCAGCUCCUGUUACCAAAGUCAAUGUUACGAGGAUUUUUUUUUUUUUUUUUUUUUUAAUGAGGAAUCUUCAUAUCCAAAGCAAUGGUAGGAACUGCAUAGGAAACAAGAUGAGGCUGCUCAUUUUUCUGGGUUUGGUGGCUACAUGACCUGGUUGGAAAGUAGACAGACAGCUAAAUAUGAAGGACUUGUCAUUACCUAAGCCUGUGUGGUGCCCUUCUGAAACCCCCUUUCCCAGUGUAAUGACCCUGAAUGCUGAGGACAAAUGGGUGGAGUGGGGCCAUUUGACUCCUAUGUUGUUAAGCAAACCAGGCCACCUCCUGACCUGGGGCCUCACUGCUAGGGAAGGCCAUGGUCUAUUUAAAAACAGCAGAGAGAGAGAAAAAAAAAUCAGUAGCAUUUACAGCUUGAAAUGGAUGUAAGUUGUAAUUUUGUGUACAGGAGUGUGGAAGUCUACAGCCUCAGCCUCUUCUCUUGGCUCCAGGGAGUGGUUCAGAUUUUAACAAGAGUUCAAAGAGGCUUCCUAGUAAAGGUUUCUUUUUAAACAUUGUGAACAAUAGUAGCCUGGUGCUUGUUUCACCCUAAUGCAAUGCAGAUGGUAUUAAACAGACAUAACACA